GCAAGCCGAGUCAAGCUUGAGACGUUGGUGUCAAACACGUGCUGUGUUUGGACUGGAUUUGUACCUCUUACUCGUACCUGAUUGCGGCAUACUCGUGGGGAAGAUAACUAUCAAUACAAAGGUUGGAAGCAGAAAUGGCAUCCCCAUCCAAGUCCCCCAACAACCAGAGCCCAGGGAAGCCUGGACGGCUCAGUAGUCAGCCGUCAGACCUCAUGCUGCCCACACAGCGGGUCAAAAUGAUCAUGAAGAGCUGUCCAGAUGUGGAGACAGUUCCUCAGGAAAGCUUGUACCUCAUAACCAAAGCUACAGAGCUCUUCAUUCAGUACCUCACCCAGGAGGGUCACAGUCAGGCUACUGAUACCUCCUCACUGAGCUAUGAUGACCUGGCCACAGCCGUCCACUCCCUUGACCACCUUGAGUUCUUGAGGGAGACCAUACCUCAGAAGAUAACUUGGGCUGAGGCACAGAAACUCAUGGAACAGUAUGAUAAUAAAUUUGAAGGGUUCCAUUAAAGGUCACGAAAUAGUGCAUUUUUACAUUGAGUUAAAAAAAGGGUGAUUAACUUAUAUGUAACUAUUGUUAGCUUUGUUAACAAUAGUGUUUUCUUUUAGCAGGAGCAUUUCAUUAUGUCAAAAGUGUACCUGGCACUGAAGAGUCUCUCCCUGAGAUUGACUGAAUGCCAAAUACAUUCUUCAUUAGUGUGAUUUUGUGAUGUUACUGUGCUUAAACCAUAGACAUUCUCUUUCACUGAAAAUAUGAAAAAAUCAUGAUGUGAUAGCACUAAAAAUGAAUAAAUAAACUAAGUGUUACAUGCCAGAGGAUAAACUAUAAUUGUUACUGUGCUGCAAUUUGUCAGUUAUUCAGUUGAAGCUGACAAAGCAUCUUGUUCUGAAAUGUUUGUCAUAUCAGUCUUUCCUGCUCACAUCAAAGUAACAGUAAGAUAUAUAGAGCAUUGCUAUGUUGUACUCAUAGUUGUGAAUUUAUUAAAUUAUAUGUAUAUAUUUUUAAUUAAUUUUCAGUAAGCAGUAAGUACUAAGGAAAUUAUAUUUAAGAUAUAAAGAUACAUUCAUGAUACAACACAAGAAUAUUUUGCCCUUGGAAUAUUUUUGUGAUGUCAUGAAACUCAUUAUAGCAUUAAAUGCUGCCCUCCAGUGUAUUUGUUCUUACUAGACAUAAUUAUCUAUACCUAAUCCUACUGCAUAGUUUGUAUGAUAGAGAUGCACCAUGUAACAUUUGCUGGCUGUAUCAGGUAGCCUAUUUUAUUACAAACUGGUUAUUUUUACUAUUGUGUUUGGUCCAUUGUGUAAAAGUACAAAAGAUAAAUAAAUUAAAAUGAAUAGUAAAAUUUAGA